AUGGAGCCCGGCGAAAGGAGGAGGCUCUCAUCCGCCUCCCUGGAAGGAGACCUGAGAGAAGAAAAUAGUCAGUGUCGUGCUCGCCCCCUUCUGGCCGCCCGCGGUUUAAGACGCGAACGGGGUGGGGGCAAAGGGCUCAGGCGCAAAGCGCAGGGCGCUGAAAAGAAGAUUUUCUCCAUCUACGGGCACUACCCAGUGAUACGGGCCGCCCUCCGAAGAAAGGGCUGGGUGGAGAAGAAGUUCCACUUUCUGCCCAAGGUCCUCCUGAAUGUGGACGAUGACAAUGUGGGGGUGACAGGUAGAUCCAGGUUGGUCAAAAACGAAAUGCCGUACUUGCUCUGGACCAUCAAAAGGGAUGUCGUUGACUAUCACAGCUUGAACUGUGACCAGAUGCUGAAUCACUAUGGGAAGACGGCUUCCUUCACCACCAAGAUCGGGCUGUGUGUGAACAUGCGGAACCUACCGUGGUACGUCCAGGCCGACCCUGACUCCUUCUUCCCACGUUGCUACGGCCUCUGCACCGAGAACGAGAAGCAAGAAUUCCUGGACGACUUCCGGCGGACGGUGGCCUCCAGCAUCCUCAAGUGGGUGGUCAGGCACCACAAGUGCGGCAGCAGCGGGGAGGCCGGCGACCGCGGCCCCGGCAGCAAGAAAGUUCCCGAGGAUGCGGAAUCCAAGCCCAUGGGCCUCUCGGGGGAGCUCGUGGACACCGCAUGCAAGGUGUGCCAGGCCUACCUGGGUCAGCUGGAGCACGAGGACAUCGACAUCUCCAAGGACGCCGCCCAGGACCUCACGGAGGACGAGUGGAAGGACCUGACGCAGCAAUACUACUCCCUCGUUGACGGUGAUGCUUUCAUCUCCAAUUCGAGAAAUCACUUUUCGCAGUGCCAGGCCCUGCUGAACAAAAUCACGUCUGUGAACCCUCAGACGGAGAUCGACGGGCUUCGGAACAUAUGGAUCAUCAAGCCUGCAGCCAAGUCCCGCGGCCGAGACAUAGUGUGCAUGAACCGAGUGGAAGACAUCUUGCAGCUGGUGACCGCAGACCACCCGUCCGCCAAGGACAACAAGUGGGUGGUGCAGAAGUACAUCGAGACGCCGCUGCUCAUCUACGACACCAAGUUUGACAUCAGGCAGUGGUUCCUGGUCACCGACUGGAACCCCCUGACCAUCUGGUUCUACAAGGAAAGCUACCUGCGGUUUUCAACACAGCGCUUCUCCCUGGACAACCUGGACAGCGCCAUCCACCUGUGCAACAACUCCAUCCAGAAGCACCUGAAGAACGACGAGGAACGCAGCCCCCUGCUGCCCUACCACAACAUGUGGACCAGCACCAGGUUCCGGGAGUACCUGCAGAAGAGGGGCCGCGGGGCCGUGUGGGCCAGCGUCAUCUACCCGGCCAUGAAGCGGGCCGUCGCCAACACCAUGAGGGGGGUGCAGGACCACGUGGAGCCACGCAAGAACAGCUUCGAGCUGUACGGGGCCGACUUCAUCCUGGGCCGCGACUUCCAGCCCUGGCUGAUCGAGAUCAACUCCAGCCCCACCAUGCACGCGUCCACGCCCGUCACGGCACAGCUGUGCGCCCAGGUGCAGGAGGACACCAUCAAGGUGGUGGUGGGUCGCAAGGUUGACCGCAACUGCGACGUCGGCAACUUUGAGUUGCUGUGGAGACAGCCUGGAGUGCAGGUCCCUAAUGGCAGCGAUCUUCUGCUGUCUUCACCGCUCACCCCGGCAGCUGGGGCUGUGCGGGGGCCCACGGGCGGUGCCCAGAGAAUCCGGGUGGCAGAGCCAGAACUAAGCCCUCCUGGGGCCCAGCUGCCAGCGGAGGGUGCAGAGACCCGGCGGCCUGGGGCAAGCUCCGUGCCCAGCAGCGAGGAGAUGGCCGCGUCCCCCGGAGGGGGCGAGGAAGCAGGGCGCGGGCCCAGCACUGACUGCACAAUGGUGACCGAAACCCAGCUUGCUGCCCCCAAGCACUCCUGCCGGUGCCGCAAGCGGAUCAAGGGGAUCUUCUGCCUCCUGAGUCACCGCAGCCGAGCCUCACGCUUUGCCGCCACCUUGCACAGGUGUCCCUUCCGGGACAGGACACGUCCCCACCGCCCGCUAGCUGUCCCCAGGCCAGCACCACCUGUCCGGAGCUUCUCUCUGUUCCGGGCACCGCAGAGUGAGCCAGGAGUCCGCGGCAUCGGUGGCUUUAAUGCCGUAGCAAACGGGACCUCUUUUUACACCACGUUCUCGAGGCACGGCAUGCACACGGUGAGAGCAGGUCUUGCACAGACACCUGCACCACCCCCGCCCGGGUGA